AUGGCCGGCCGUGAGGGUCGCCCCCAUGUGCAAAAUCUGGGCAGUAACACGUGCGACGGCGACCUUGAGUUCGAUAAGUGGAAUAUACAGGAGUUAAAAUUAUUUCUGUCGAACCGAGAAGUCCCAUCAAGUGACAAAAACAAACAUGAACUUAUUCGUCUCUGCAAGAAGGCGCAGCUUUUGUCUCUACCAAAGGGAUCGGGAAUCAGUGACCCCGGCCACACCCGAUACAUCGAGCAAAAACUGAUCUUGGAUGGGGGCCUUAUAAGGUUACCAAAUCCUUCUUCUUCGUCUUUGGCAGCAGGGUGGGAGUCUGACGGCUCAGGUCUUCCAGAUCUACUUCAAGUUGGAGUUGAAAACUACUUUGAGCGAAAAAACAAGGAUAUGAACAUCAAAACAGCGGGAAAGGAGGCGCUGCGAGACGGAAAAAGUCUGCACCUCUCUGGGCACGUGUGCAAUCUGCAAGUCCAUGGAGUACACGUGGACAGCCCGUACUGUUUCAUCCGCUGCAAAGCUGUCAGGGAGACAAGUGUCUCACUGCCUCCAUACGACACAUGGAUAAUUGUACACAAGAGAAGAAACAUCAUUGUUGAUGGCUACUGUUCCUGUCCUGGAGGUAUUCAAGGGACCUGCAAGCACAUUGCAGCGCUGUGUCACACUGUUAUUGAAACAGUUGCCAGAGGUGAUAACAAAGCAGUGACGGAGAAAGUCCAAGCCUGGCAUGCACCAUCGAAGAAGCCACAUAAGCCAGACUUCGUAAAGGACAUAACCAUCCGAAAAGUCAAAGGUGAUUGUGGACUGGAAGAAGACAGCAACCACACAAAACGUACAAGAUACAACAAUGAUCCCAGGGCAGUUGAGGACAGACAGGACAAGACUCUCCAGGACCUGGACUUAGAGGGACUCAGGGUGGCAACAAAUGGUAGUGCAGGGAUAUUGGCUUAUGUACAGUUUGGCAGCAAUGAGUCUGAGAUGCCCGAUGUUGAACAUGUUGUUAAUGAAGAGGUUGUUACCAAUGCAGAAUAUAUUUGUAUGCCAGAUCUUCCAAAAACUUUACCAGAAAUUGCACAGGAGGCUAGCAGUACUCAAGAACUGUUCCAACUAGCAACAACACCUGUAUCAGAAGAAGUAGUUAACAUCAUCAGAGAGACCACCAAAGACCAGACACAAUCAGAUAGUUGGUUCAAAUAUAGACAAGGGAGAAUAACUGCCAGUAAUUUGUACGAAGCAGUAAGGAAGGUUCGUUCAGAUGAAACGGUAAGUGAACAAAACACAUCAUUCCUGAAGAAAGUUAUGGAUUAUGGUCCUCGUCCAUAUGCACCAGCAAUAUACUGGGGACAGUACAAUGAAAAAUCUGCUGUAGACAAGUUUGUCAAGCUGAAUCGGCGACAUCAUAAGAAGCUGAGGGCAGAUGCUUGUGGCACAGUACUGUGUGCUGAAUACCCUUUUUUAUCAGCAUCUCCUGAUGCAGUUAUUACAUGUACAUGUUGUGGAGUCAGGCCACUUGAAGUCAAAAACCCCUACACCAAUAGACACCUGUCAAUUAACAAGUUUGCAGAAUUGCCUGAUACCUGUCUGGACAUAACGUCAACAGGAAAGAAAAGACUUAAUGCGUGUCAUUCCUAUUAUUACCAAGUACAGGCACAGCUACUGUGUCUGCAGGCUGACAGUGGAUACUUUGCCCUCCAGACAGCCUGUGCUUACAAUAACUUUCAUUGGGAAGAGAUUUGACUUGAUCCUGAGUUCUUGGAGGAGGUAAUUUCCAAGUCAUUGCUUGUUUUCCAGAAAGUAAUUGUUGAAGAGCUUGUUCAUGAAAAUGUAAAGAAAACAGUCAUGCCCAACAUUGCUGUGAUUACACUUGACCAAACAUCUUCUGCAGCAGAGUAUAUCUGCAAAGUGUGUCAGAAAGAAUGUAAGGAUGAACCUGAAAGAUUUGAAGAAAUGAGUAUUUAUUGUGAUUAUUGCCACGAUUGGUUUCAUUGGAUAUGUGUUGAUGUCACAGGAAAGGAGACAUUUCUGAAGAAAAAGAAGCUGAAAUGGAAAUGUAAACUAUGUAUGAGCAACGACUAGAAAUUCUUGUCAUUGUUUAUACAUAGUUAACAUUUCCAGUAGAAUAGCUGUAUUAACCCACUUUACCAUACAUGGUAGAUAUACAUGUACAUUGUUUCUGUUUGCUGCAUGUGUCCUGCUAUACAUAUUGUAGUAUUGAGAGUUAAAAUAACUCUGCUCAAGCGUAUAUACAUUGUUUCAUUCAAUUGUAUGUUUGUAAACAUUUUAACAUGUUUUUUUUUUCCAUCGUAACUUUGUAAGAAUGUCAACAUUACAUAAACUACUGGAAUAUGGUACACACUUAGAAUGUUGUGGUACAAGCUAUCAAAGUGGGCAUACAGUAUAUUAUGUGUGGCUGUACUGACAAGCCACAAUUUGAAUUGUGCAUACCAAUUGAGAAAUACAUAGAGAGGAUAUAGAAUAUUUCAUUCAAAUGAAGCAUAUAGAGUCAAUUCCACAUUACUAAGAGGGUAUUUCUUGCCUUUUGUUCCAACAUUUUGGAAAUCUUAAUAAUAUUCUAACUGUGAUAAGUAACUGUUUAGA